AAAAAAAUAUAAGCUGUUCACUACAACUCUUUAAUGAUGAAGAUUAUAAGUGUUUUAAUUGUCAGUAUCUGCUUCUUCUUCUACUCUAUUGGUGGAGCUCGGGCAGCCGAUUUGCCCGAAGACCCUCCAGUUACCGACAAGGUGUUCUUUGAGGUGACUGAAGAUGGUCAAUCCAUUGGUAAAAUCACCAUUGGAUUAUUUGGUACCGUUACACCAAAAACCGUGAAAAACUUCAAGGAAUUGACCUUGAGUACCGACCCCUCUUUUGGUUACACUGGCUCGAUUUUCCACAGAAUCAUCCCCAAGUUUAUGAUUCAAGGUGGUGACUAUGAAACUGGUAAAGGCUACGGAGGCAAAUCUAUCUACGGCGGAAAGUUCGACGACGAGAACUUUAUCUUGAAGCACGACAGACCGUACAGAUUGAGCAUGGCCAAUUCCGGUAAGAACACCAACGGAUCUCAAUUCUUUCUUACCACUGUUGUCACCUCCUGGUUGAAUGGUGCUCAUGUUGUUUUUGGAAAAGUUGUUGAUGGGUUCGACGUGGUGGACUAUAUGGAAAAAGUCAAAACCAGCUACGGCGACAAGCCCGUGAAAGAAUUGAAGAUUUCAGCCACGGGUGAGGUGCCAUUGACGGGAGAAGAAGAAGAAGCUUUACUAGUUAAGGACGAGUUGUGAGUAUUUAGAUUUAAGUAUUAAUUAAGCAGUUCGUAAUAUCUAUUUUCUUAGCGGCUGUGGUUCAAGGCAUCAUCCAAGAUACUGUCGAAGUUGAUCUCUUUCUUCGGUUGUGUCACCGCUGGUGUAAAGGGCGUCUGGGUAGUGGAGUUGCCGUUACUGGAGGUAUCUGCUUUGUCGUCAUCAUGUUUGAAUUCGUUAAGGUUAUUGAGAAGGUUGAUGGCGGUCUUGAUCAGGUACGUGGAGUUCAAGAGCCGCGAGCUGAUGAGCCGAUAGAGCUUGGGUGACUGGUAUAUGUUGGCACCUAUAAUAUAGUAACUUUGGAGAAUUUGAACGUUAUCGCGGCUGAAUCGGUUCUGCUUCCUGAUGAUCCAAAAGUCCGGUUCUCGUAUGUAUGCGAUCACAAACUCUAUACCCACCAUGUCUGAGAGUUUGCUUUCGAAGUAUUUUGUGUACUCCAACGGUGUGUUCAAGUUAGGCGGUGGAGGCUGAAACUGAAACUGCAUUUUAAACACCUGGUUGUUGGAGGUUCUGUCAUAGAAGGGGGAUUCACUGAAGUAGUCGAGCACAUUGCCAGUGUUGAGCCCGAACUGGUUGAUCCACUCGGGGUUCUUCCACUGGAUCUCAUCGAGUUCACCGUAACUCAUGUUACUACUGAAAACC